GUCACAUCCUGGAGGGCGCGACUAAUAUGAAUAAAUUGCUUGGGGCAGUGGACUCGGUGAUUGACGAGAUAUUCGAGUAUCGUGAAGUUCUCAGGAGUGUCGACGAGUUGAGCUUCCAGACAAAGGCGACGGUCAAAGCAGGUGGAGUAAUGCGCAGUUUCGACAACGAUCACGGUGGUAAACAUAUCUUAUUGUCCAAGAUUUUGACGCAGCCUCUUCAAAGGAAUUUGAACUUGGUUAUGAAAGCGGACAAGGAGUCUGGGAAACUAACCCACGCUGCGACCACAGGCCUUACUGGGGGAGACUUUCGCGCCUUCUUCACAGAAUGUUGCAAGUUAAACUACAAAUUUGUGAGUGGAUCGUGCGGGCGCUCGGUCCUCUCCGGCUACGCAGACAUGAUCACGAACCUAGACGGCAACCAGUGGCAGAGAUGGAGAAUGAACUAUGCUGACAAGUUGGACGCUGCUUAUUUGGCUCUAACUGCGGCCUCUGGUGCCUGGCGACGUCUUGUCUUCUAUUUCGACGACCCCAAGUUUCGGAUUUUCGACCUCGGCACGCGAGACGGCGACAGCGACUUCAAAUACUCCGCUGACUCGGCGCUUAACUCCUUGACCGCCCUGAAGAACCGCAAGACUUGCAGGGCUUGCUUCGACGACUCUUUCGCCGCGGAGAUGGUGAGGUUCUUCGACUCUGAUCCUGAGAAGGCCCACGCUCAUCUAACUGGCGUGCUCGCUCACCUUCGCAUGGGCACCGCGAGCGGCGAGCGAAGACAUCUCCACGGGCAGUCUAUGAAGCCAAUCGAGUCAGGAGGCGUCGCAGUCGACGCGACGAACCUUGCGGUGAACACUUACGUUCAGAGCGCAGUGCAAGAGGCCAAGUCGAACUCUGAUAUAGUGCACAAGGCCGUGCUGGACCAAUACGGGAUGACCCUUAACCAAUACCAUGUGUUGUCCAGGAAGUUCCGUUUGGACGGCUCCCGUCAGUCGUCGAAGGAUUCGCGGCAUGUCGAGAUCACGACUCUGGAGAAAGCCGCGAAACAGAAUAAGGGCACUGUGGCGUAUCAACGCUUUCGCUCGGAGAAGUGGUCGUGUUACUCCCCGGUCGGAAGCCAGGAGUUCAUUGCCGAGGAGAGGUGCAAGCUCUUAAUGCAGAAGUUGUUUAUCCAAGUCUUUCAAGAUAUCGAGUCGCACGCGGCGUGGGAUGCAGGACUGGGCAUCGCUUCUUCAUCGUCGGCACUGCGCCCUGACAAGGUGGACGCCCACAUCACGGAGGCGACUUGCAGGAACAAGAUUAAGUCAGCUUUCGGCUACGACGAGAAGGCGGUGGACAACCCCCCAAGGACAGCCAUUCCGACGCGGUCGUGCCACUCCAAGAACUGGGGGGUCUGCAGCCUGGACCGCUGGCUACCAGCAGCAAGGUUCGGCGUGGAGAAUAUCUACAAGCUUCUGCAGCGAUGGCAGAUUCGUCGGGGUAUGCUACCUGCGACUGCGUCGUUCAGCUUGCACGGCACAGUCAACCACUACGUCAUCGCAGAUACGUUCGGUAAAGGUGAAGCUAUAUUCUUGCUGCGGCUGGAGCUUAUAGAAGGAGUUCACGACACCUUCAAGCCGCUGGUCGUGGUUGAGCGCGGCUUCAGACAUAUAACAUCGAUGGCUGGGCAGAUGGCGAUUCGAGGUUUCGUGAUUCGAUGCGGUCUCGACACCUUAGUGGUCGCUGCGGGUUUGCGCAUCAAGAUCAGAAUACACAACGUCGAGAAGGUAGCGUACGACCGAGGGUUCGCCAUCAAGGUCAUCGGCACGUCCCACGAGGAGGAGGUCCCUCUGAGUGCCAGGCUAGCUGGCGCUGAGAAGAUAGUCAAGCCGAAAGAUGUGAGUUGUUUGCCCUUUGGUCUCAAGCCUGACGGGAAGGACUACUCGGAGCACGACGUCGUGGACGAUGACGUCAUCAAUAUUGCCAAGGUUGCGAAGACUGGCAAGGGCGACGCGCCUGGAGAUCCUGAUCCAGGCCACAUCGUCGACGACGGCUGGGACCAGACUGACAUCGAGGAGACCGUCGAGCCCGACAAGGUGAAGAAGGCGG